UUAUCAUCCCAGCGGCAGCAGACGCGGCAGAAAUGGCCGUUUUCCGCAGAGUGGCAGCUCUGGCCGGGAGGCUCAACCCCUGGCCCGCUGCGAGAGGCGAGCUCCUGGGCGGGGUGCGGGCCCGGAGGUGGCCGGCUGUCGGACUGUGCGUGGCCGCGGGGGGAGCCGCCGCCGCCGCCGCCGCCGCCGCGCUUUACCUGCACCGCGACGCCACGAGCGGCGCAGGGAGGAAGAGGAUGAGGAGGCACAGCAUCAACGGACUGCUGCCCUCCAUCCCCACCGUGGAGGCCAAGGAGAAGGCACGCACGUUUGACUUCGAGGAUGGAGACGUGUACAUGUCUUCCCAUGAGUAUCGCUUCCGCAUGUUCAGCUCUGUGGAGUACGAAGGACAGCUGUACAUGACGCCGCAGAACUUCAUCGAGUCGGUUACCAUGAGUGAGCCCAGAAACAAGAGGCCCUGGAGGUCCCUGACCAAACAGGAACUGGAGAAGAUCCUGUCAGACACGCCGCCCGUUUGGAGAGGAUCCUCCAAACUGUUUCGCAACCUGAGAGAACGAGGCAUCAUCUCAUACACAGAGUACCUGUUCCUGCUUUGCAUCCUGACAAAGCCUCAUGCUGGCUUUAAGAUUGCCUUCAAUAUGUUUGAUGCAGACGGCAACCAGAUGGUGGACAAGAGGGAGUUCAUGGUGCUUCAGGAGAUCUUCCGCAAGAAAAAUGAGAAGAAGGGAAGGAAAGGAGAUGCUGAGAAGUCAGCGCAGUUGAGUAUGCAGCUGUAUGGAUAUCAGGUUGCCCCCAUGAACAGCGUGCUAAAAAAAGACAGUCAGGAGUUUGUGGCGCGGAGUUACUGGGACGUUUUGAGGCGAGGCGCCAGUCAAGUCCUCUUUUCUGACCUGGCGGAGGAUUUUACACUUGAGCGGGCAGACGAGAGCAUCACCAUCGACACGACUCUUUUGGUCCAUUUCUUUGGGAAGAAAGGGAAGGCAGAGCUCACCUUUGAUGACUUCUACAGGUUUAUGGAUAACCUCCAGACCGAGGUGUUAGAAAUCGAAUUUCUCACCUACUCCAAAGGCAUGACCACCAUCAGCGAGGAAGACUUUGCCAAAAUCCUGCUGCGUUUCACCAACGUGGAGAACAUCAGCGCCUACCUGGAGAACGUCCGCCAGUCCAUACCAGAUGAAAAAAAGCAGGAGGGAAUCACCUUCGAUGAGUUCAGAUCAUUUUUCCAGUUUCUCAACAACCUGGAAGACUUUGCCAUUGCCAUGCAGAUGUACAAUUUUGCUUCACGCUCUAUUGGACAAGAUGAGUUUGCGAGAGCUGUGUAUGUGGCCACGGGGCUCAAGCUGACGCGUCACCUUGUAAACACCAUCUUCAAGAUCUUUGACGUUGAUCACGAUGACCAGCUGUCCUACAAGGAGUUCAUCGGUAUCAUGAAGGACCGGCUGCGCAGGGGAGCUCGGGGCUAUAAGGCAGUGGAGAAAGCUACCUCCUUUAAGUCCUGUCUGAAGAGGGAACUGGCUAACAGCAGGUGAAGGGCCAUCGUCACGCCUCCUUCUCGAGCUGCGUUCGCUCUGAGGCCAGAAAACAAGUGCGCCAGCUGUGGAGAAGAUACGAGGACACCGAGAAGCCGUAGAGGACAGACUGAAUCCGACUGACCUCCGACUUUAACCUGUCAACUGACGGGUGUAGCAGCGCGGUGCAAAGGCAGACCUCAAGUUGACUUCCAAACUGUAUC